GGCAACUUGGCACACAAUACAUACCAAUACCAUAUUCCUAAUCCUAAUUUAUUAAAAGUUGUUUUUGAAUAAAUAAAUAAAAAUACCCAAACAUAAUAAAAUGCAAAUAGCACAAAUCAACAUCAACAAUACAACACAAGACUGAAAAAUAAAGCCAAAAAAAAAAAAUCAAAAUUUGAGAGAAGAAACCCAACUUGUCUCGAUCGAAAAUUCCUGAAAAGGUAUUGUGCAUUGCAAUUUGGGGGUGACACUAUUAUGAUCAUGAGAUACAAGAAAGGGAGUAAAGUGGAGGUCUUGGAAAAAAAUGAAGCACCAUCAGUCUUUUGGCGUUGUGCUGAGAUACGAAGUGGGAAUGGGCACAAUUACACUGUUAAAUUCGAGUGCCACAAUGCUACCAAGGAGACAAUUGUUGAAAGGGUAUCUAGAAAGUCAAUUAGACCUUGUCCUCCUCCCUUGCAUCCUUUGGGAAAUUGGAUUUCUGGUGAUGUUGUAGAGGUGUUUCUCAAUUUCUCUUGGAAGAUGGCAACAGUGUCUAAGGUUUUAGAUGGGAACUCCUUUUUGGUUAGGUUACUUGGAUCCUUCCAGGAAUUUGAAGUCACCAAAUUUGACCUCCGGGUACGACAAUCUUGGCAAGGUGACAAAUGGAUUAUUAUUGGAAAUGGUUCUGGGAAUGGUAAAGAUGGGAAACACAGUGAACAGUCAACUCUAGUGCACAAUCAAAAUUUGAGCUCACAAGUCGAGCACACAGAUACAAAUAUGAAUCUCUGUGAAAAGGAUGAUCUUUUUUCUGCUAACAAAUACCUUUUAUCUAGAACUCUGAAGAGAGAGCAUCCCUAUUGCUAUUCUCAAGUUGAAGCUCAUGCAGGAACUGCCAAGAAACAUAAAGUGAUCGAGAAAGAGGGUAGACGUCAUUGGUUCCUUGCUGCAACCCCAUCCCCGUCACCUGAAAAGGUAGACACUGCUGCUUCUCCUCGAGAACUGCUGGGUGAAAAACAAAUAUUUGCUUCUAUUAACAACAGAACAACUCGUUUUUCAAAAAUGGACGUGGAAAGGGAGAAUUCCAAUGGUGCUGUUGGGUGUUCCCAUGUAAUAAGUUUAGAAUGCAAUCAUGCUCAUAACGUCACAUGCUCUGUGGGUAGUUGUAGCAUUACCAGCAACAAUUCCUUUAAGUUGCCUUGUCAAUUUUCUGUGGCUCCUGUUGAAGAUACUGAAGAUCAUCUUAGUGAUGUUGAAUCUGCUUGUCGGUGUGGGUAUGAUGAAGGGAACUGCCUCCUUCCCACUAAAGAGGAAAUGGCAGCAGAAAUCCAUAGAUUAGAGUUGCAUGCCUACCAUUGCACUAUGGAGGCAUUGCAUGCAUUGGGACCCUUAAGUUGGGAACAAGAAACAUUGGUGACAAACCUUCGUCUUUCACUCCAUAUAUCAAAUGAUGAACAUUUGAUGGAGGGCCAAAGUAGAAGGCUCGUACACCUUGACUCCAAAUGUCUAAAGGUGAUGUUGAGAUUUGUCACCUUUCUGUUGAUGCAGACAAUAGUCCGCAUCAAAUUAGCUACAAAUAGGACAGCUUAUGAUGAUCGAUUGGUAUGAUCAAUAUAUUGGUUGAUGCAUUCUUCGAUUCUGGGCCACCUCCGAGCCUUAUAUGCAUUUUGCUAAAGGAUGUAGGACCAGAAUGUUGUGCGGCCACAGGGUGUCCUCAUAAGUGGAUGCUUGAAAGGUUUUCCUUCGAACCUUUAUCUUAGUUCAGGCUCAGCAUGUCAUAUUUUUCUUACAUACAUGUGCUUUCACUCCAUCUGUUGCAAAGUUUUUUCAUCUCAUGGAAGUUAACUUUAUUACUUUUAGAGUUUUUUUAGUUUUAUAUAUUUCAUAAACUAGAUUAAUGGUUGGUAUAUUGCACAAAAGUUUUCCUGAGUUUUUGUAGACGACUAUCUUUAGAGCAUAUGAGUGAUGAUGAUCCAGCAAUAAACCUACAUCUAGGCAAUAGCUGCCAUACUUCUACUAUAUCUGAACUAAGACUGGUACCAUAUGUUUGAGCUGAAUUACUUCUUGCAACCUUAGAGAGUGCUUAUACAUAUGGUUAACCAAUGUUGUGUUUGCAUCUCUCUGCUUCUCUUUUAGUUUAUGGGGCUGGAUCUUGUAAUCUAUAUCCUUGACAUACCCAACUUAUGAAGAUGUCCCUUUUUGAGCCAAAACAAAUAAUUGAGUGGUCUUGCUGACCAUUGGUAUGUCAGUAAUCUACUACUUAUAUUGCGUUUCUAUAAAUUGACAUAGUUUAUGCUGCAUAUCUAGUGACUAUAUGUGGUUAUUAAGAAAUGCUUUACUGAUAUCUUUGUUUGCAAGUCUCUGCAAAUUUUAUACAUAUCAAAGGUAUAUAGAGUGUAGAAAGAUACAUUUAUGAAACCAACACCACCCCUCCCUCCCUUCUCUCAACAUAAGCAAAGAAAAGGUUGUAUGUCCGCAAUUUGUGUAUUUCAAUAUAAAGGGAUAGUCACUGGUUCCUCUCCAAAUUUGACUAACAGGAGUCCUUUUAUUUCCUUCAGAAAGUGCUAACGGAAUCAUAACCACAUCUAGUUUAAUCACUUCAGGACCAUGGUAGAAGGAUCUUGAUUGUACACGGCUGCACAUAGGUGAGUUCUAGGACCGAGAUAGUAGGUGCAUGGUGUUGCAGUGGAAAUGAUGAAAAUUUAAGAGGUUCCCUACCAUUUCUAGGCUUGACUUGCUUGCUACAUAUUGAUGCAAAAUUACCUCUAGUUAUAUUUUAAUCAAUCAUGACAAUUCUGUUCAAGGCAGCUAACAUGUUAAAGGAGAAGUAUCUUGCCUUCCUCCUAUCAAAACAUAAAAAUUCAAGUACACUUUUGUGAAAAUUUGGAGAUGACCAUCUAUCUGAACCCUUGUUCUUUCAGAAAGGCUACGAAGCUUGUUUGUAGAUUUCAUGGCUACUCCUAUGUCUGUUUGAUCUGAUGCAACAUUCUCAGUGGAAGCCUUUUAAUAUAUCACGUUCAAUGUCUCUACGGAGCUGGUUCAGCAAUGAAGUUUCUAGGCAAGUUCUUGGCCAAAACAAUUGGGAGAUAUUCCUCUUGUUAGAAAUGUUGUUUGAGAUCAUGCUUCAUUGCUUCUUAUGGAGGUUGUACAAAUAAAUAUGUUUUUUCCUUAAGUUGUGAAGAUCUUAAUUUUAAUACAGAUUCUUUUGGAUCUUUGUGAAACUAAGAAAUUUGUUCUGAUUGCUUU